AUGGCCAAAACUUACGAUUAUUUGUUUAAAUUGCUCUUAAUCGGAGAUUCUGGAGUUGGCAAAACGUGUAUACUCUUCAGGUUUUCGGAAGAUGCCUUUAACUCAACCUUUAUAUCCACAAUUGGGAUCGACUUCAAAAUAAGGACAAUUGAAUUAGAUGGUAAGAAAAUUAAAUUACAAAUAUGGGACACAGCUGGACAAGAACGCUUUAGGACAAUAACUACAGCAUAUUACCGUGGUGCAAUGGGAAUAAUGCUUGUUUAUGAUAUUACAAAUGAAAAGAGCUUUGAUAAUAUUAAGAACUGGAUUAGGAAUAUUGAAGAAAAUGCCUCUGCUGAUGUUGAAAAGAUGCUUUUGGGCAACAAAUGUGACUUCCCUGAGAAAAGACAGGUUUCCAAGGAACGAGGUGAACAGCUAGCGAUAGAAUAUGGAAUUAAGUUCAUGGAAACCAGCGCAAAAGCUUCCAUCAAUGUCGACGAAGCCUUUUUUUCGCUUGCUAGAGACAUAAAAACAAAAACAGAGAAGAAACUUGAGGCAAGCAACCCGCCGAAAGGAGGCCACCAAUUGAAAUCUUACGAACCUAGUAGGAAGCAGACGAACUGGCUGUCCAAGUGUACCAUACUCUGA